AUGCAGAAUCAAACUUCUGUGGCUGAAUUCUUCCUACUGGGUCUCUCCAAGAGCCUGAAGAUCCGUCUCAUUCUCUCUGGAUUGUUUUCUGUGGUCUACAUCAUCACACUGGCAGGCAAUGCAAUCAUACUGAUGCUCAUUCAGUUGGAUUCUCGACUUCAUACUCCCAUGUACUUCUUCCUGGGUCAGCUCUCCUGCGUGGACAUCUGCUACACUUCCAGCACUGUCCCUCAAAUGCUGACUAACCUCCGGCACCCAAGACAACCCAUCUCACUGAUCGGCUGUGCUGUUCAGAUGCAUGUUUUUCUCACGUUGGCUAUCACCGAGUGCAUUCUGCUCGCUGUCAUGGCUUACGACAGGUAUGUGGCAAUAUGCCGCCCCUUGCACUACACGUUCCUCAUGAACAAAAGAGUGUGUUUCACACUCGCUCUUACAGCCUGGGCUAGUGGUCUUUUGUUGCCAGUAGUACACACUUCCCUCAUGUGGCACUUGCCAUUCUGCGGUCCCAAUCAAAUCGACCACUUCUUCUGCGAAAUGCCAGCAGUGUUGAAGCUGGCAUGCACCAACACUAGGACUGUCGAAAAUGUCACUUCGCUGGGGUGCGUUUUCACCUUGGUCACUCCCACCUCCUUUAUCAUGAUGACUUAUGUCCGGAUCCUGAGAGCCAUCUUCAAAAUGAAAUCAGCCCAAAGUCGGGGCAAAGCGUUCUCCACGUGUGGCUCCCAUAUUACUGUGGUGGUGCUCUUCUAUGGAAGCGCCAUGUUUAUGUACAUGAGACCCGCAUCCAGCCGCUCACCCGAAAAGGACAAAAUAGUCUCUCUCUUAUACAGCGUCAUCAUCCCCAUGUUCAAUCCCUUGAUAUACAGUCUGAGGAACAAAGAUGUAAAAGGGGCCUUGAUGAAAACACUGCAGCGUUGCAGAGUUUCUUGA